UCCAAAAUUCAGGCCCAACCCCCAUCCAAUCCCAUCCUGAUCUGAACCCCCAAUCGAAACUAUGGCCAAACGCGAUAUCCUGCCCGUCUUUCCAUCUCGAGCCAAUUCCGUGAUCAUGAAGCAGCGGGUUUUGGCGGCCAGGAGAGGCGUGGGUCUUCUAAAGCGGAAGCGAGAUGCCAUCGACAUGAAGAUGCGAGAGCUGCGGCGCAUCCGUUACGACCAGGAUGUAUUGGGAGAUGACAUGAUGCGCCAGGCCAUUUUCUCGAUGGCCAAGGCCAAUCUCCUGGGCGCCGAUUUCAAGCCGCAGAUGGUGAGCCACAGCCCUGUGGCAUCCACCUAUCUUCGCCGAACUCAAAUCAAAAUCGUGGGCGUCAAGCUCAACUGCCUGGAUCUGGAGAAGAAGGGCAUUGGAGCCUAUCCUCUGGCGGGUCUCAGUUGUGGCGGGUUGCAGGUUCAGCGGAUCAGAGAUUGCUAUACCAAGGCACUCAAGGAACUGGUGCUUUACGCCUCACUCGAGUACCAAGUUCGUAUGUUGGAGGCAGCUUCCUUGCAAACAAAUAUGAGGGUCAAUGCCCUGGAGCAUGUGGUUAUCCCCAUCCUGCAAAAUACCUAUAACUAUAUAUGCGGGGAGUUGGAGGAGUUCGAGCGGGAGGACUUCUAUCGCCUGAAACGCUCGCAGGCGAAGCAGCUGGAGGCCAAAAUGGCCUUCACCGAGCUGAUCAAGACCAAGAACAUGACCGACGAGGAGCUGGAGUCCUAUGUGAAGAAGCACAUUGGACAGCCGCGUCCUGUGGCCGACACCAUCUUUGAUGACGAUCAGUUCGAGGAACGCGAGGUCAAGCGACGUGUGCGGGAGGCCCGGUUGUCCUUGAAGCAGCGACGGGAGGUGGCCAAGAAGGAGGCCGCCGAGCGGGGCGAACAGCCCCCGGCGACCACUUAUAUCACCACUCGUAGCGCCAUGAGUGUUUCGGGUCGCCUGCGGGAUCCACGCGUCAGCAGCGGUGAUCUGUACAGCACCAAGCGCCAAAUCCUCUCCAGCAUUACUGGAGGAAAGUCGUUCGAAAGGAAGUCCGUGGUUCAGGUUGUUGAAAAGAAGCCCAGCCAGCAGUCGCCCGAGGAGUCCCAAAGACCAAGUGACGAACCUCCUCCACCUGAGAAAGAAAAGCCAGGAUCAGUUUAGGGAUUUUUGGGUUCCAAAUUUUAAAAUAAAUGUUAUUUUUAACAUUUUAA